GCCCGGCGGGAAGAUGUCAUCAUUGCCAAGAAGAGCAAAAGCACAGGUUCAGACUGUGGUAUUGAAAGAUGAAUUUUCUUCCUUCUCUGAGUUAUCAUCUGCCUCUGAAGAAGAUGACAAAGAAGAUAGUGCCUGGGAGCCCCAAAAGAAAGUUCCUAGAAGCCAUAAGCAGCCUGCUCCGAAGGAAUCCAAACCCAAGAGGGUACCUCGGGUGAAGAAGACCACCCCACAGAUCAGUGAUGGCACAGAAGGCAUUUCUGUUAAGGAGGAGCUGAAUAGCUCUGUGGCUAUUGCUGAUGUUGAUUUGGAAGACAGAAAAAAUAAAUUGGAUACCGUACAGACACUGAAAACAGCAAAGACAAAACGGAAAAAUUCAGCUCAGUCCUUUUCAGCUCAAAGGACUAAAAAGCUGAAAGUUGAUGAAGAAACCAGCAAAGCCGGCAGCUUAGAGGGUGGGAGUAACAGUACAGAGACACCGUCCACAAGCACCAUGUGGGAAGGUACAUACAAGAAGGAAGAAAAUGAAGAUGACUUUGCGUUUGGUCAGUCCCCUUUAAAGAAAAUGAAGACUGAAAUGUGUCCUCAGGGGCAGCCUGUCAAGUUUCCAGCAAAUGCCAGCAACAUUAAAGAGGAGGUGGAAAUGAACUGGGAUAUAGUACAGAUUGACGUUUCUACUUCUCCUGUGCUCUUAAAACAAUGUAAAGAGUAG